AUGGCACAGACAGACGUGCUCCUGACCAAGCAGCCUGCCCCACAGACAAUACCCGCAUGCGAGCUGCCCCCCAAGCUGUACGAUGUGGCCCGCAACACGGGUGCCUACACGUCCUCAGGCCUGGCCACCAGCGGUUUCCGCACGGCCAAGUACCUGGUGGAUGAAUGGUUCCAGAACUGCUAUGCUCGCUACCACCAGGCCUUUGCCGACCGUGAUCACUCGGAGCGGCAGCGCCAUGAGAGCCGGCAGCUGGCCGCUGAGACAGAGGCACUGGCACAGAGAACCCAAGCGGACUCGACCCGGAAGGUGGGCGAGCGCCUGCAGGACAUGCACUGCUGGAAGUCAGAGCUGCAGCAUGAGGUGGGCGAGCUGGGUGCUGAGACUGACCUGCUGCUGGCCCAGAAGCAGCGAAUAGAACGUGCCCUGGAUGCCACAGCCGUGCCCUUCUCCAUCGCCAGUGACAACCUUCAGUGCCGAGAGCGCCGCCAGCACCCUGACCUCGUGCGUGACUACGUGGAGAUGGAGCUGCUGAAGGAGGCCGAGCUCAUCCGGAACAUUCAGGAGCUGCUGAAAAGGACUAUCAUGCAGGCCGUGUCCCAGAUUCGGAUGAACCGAGAGCACAAGGAGAGGUGUGAGAUGGACUGGUCUGACAAGGUGGAGGCCUACAACAUCGAUGAGACCUGCGCCCGCUACCACAACCAGAGCACCGAGGUGCAGUUCCACCCGCACUCCACCAAGUUCGAGGAGAGCGCCUCCACGCCCGAGUCGUGGGCCAAGUUCACACAGGAGAACCUGCACCGCGCAGAGCGGGAGCGCCUGGCCUCGGUCAACCUGAGGGGGCUCAUUGACUGCAUCCUGCGAGACACUGCCGAGGACCUGCGGCUGCAGUGUGACGCCGUGAACCUGGCCUUCGGGCGCCGCUGUGAGGAGCUGGAGGAUGCACGUCACAAACUGGGGCAUCACCUGCAGAAGACGCUUCGUGAGAUCACGGACCAGGAGCAUAAUGUGGCAGCGUUGAAGCAGGCCAUCAAGGACAAGGAGGUGCCUCUGAAGGUAGCUCAGACUCGCCUGUAUCAGCGCUCACACCGGCCCAACGUGGAGCUGUGCCGAGAUACCGCCCAGUUCAGGCUGGUGAAUGAGGUGGAAGAGCUGAACAUGUCCCUUGCUGCACUGAAGGAUAAGCUUCUAGAAGCAGAGCAGUCACUGCGCAACCUGGAAGACACACGCAUGAGCCUGGAGAAGGACAUCGCCGUCAAAACCAAUAGCCUCUUCAUCGACCGCCAGAAGUGCAUGACCCACCGUGCCCGAUACCCCACCAUCCUCCAGCUGGCUGGCUACCAGUGA